UCGUCACCGAGCCAGCCGUCCAGAAAUCUGCUUAUUGCCAAAGAUCGCGCUGUAAUCGACAACAGAAAGCGCUGUUAUAAAUUGGAGACACGGCUGUUCUUGUGACACUGCGCUCCGACGCUGCCCAGCCACGACAACCAGCACAGUGAAACAAAAACAUGAGGCUCUUAUUACUGAUAGAGUUGCUGGCAUGUGCUUUAGUCACUACGCGAGCGCGGAAUAUUGCCGCAAAGGGGGAAACCGGAGUGAAACUGGUAGCUAUAGCUGCGCCCGGCGAUCUGACGGCUGAUCUGGUUCCAGCCGGCUCCGAGCACGCCAAGGCCAAGGAGAGCCACCACGAACAAGGCGGAGGCCACGAACAUCACGCCCACCAUCACAAAGAAGACGGAGAAAAAGGAGAAAAGGGAUACAAGUCCCAUCACCAUCACGACAAAGGCGAGCACGGACACCACGAGAAACACCACCACGAGGGUCACCACGACGAGCACGGCGGACACAAGAAAAAACACCACGACGAACACGACCAUCACGGUGAACACCACGAAGCCGCUCAUGGACACAAAGGUGGCAAAUUCGGGCACAAGAAGGGGCACAAAAAAGGCUCUAAAACUACCGGGUUCCACCACAAAUCGCACAAAGACGAGUACCAUAAGGAACACAAGUUCUACGACGACUUCCACAAGGGUGGGCAUCAUCAUAAACACGGCGACUUCCACGGCCACCACGACAAGAAGGGCGGGCAUCACAAGAAGGGAGGCCAUCACGAAAAGGGUCACCAUGAGAAGCAUCACGGCAAGAAAGGCCACCACGACAAAGGGCAUUAUGACGAGGACCACAAAGGGCACAAAGGCCACCACGGCCACGAAGAACACCACGCACAUCAUGAAGAACAUGGCAAGAAGGGAGGCCACGCCGGCGGCAAGGAACACGGCUACAGUCACCACAAAAAAGAAUAGACAUAAUUACAGAGUCAAACCUUAUUUGUUAACAUUCUUGUUGAUUGGUUAUUAUGUUUGUCUGACACGAGUCAUUUUUUUUAAUAAUAUUUGUCGUAAGUCCUUAUUUAAUUGAAAAUUAGAUAAGUUAAUGGCAAGUUGUUGAUUAUAUUUAUAUUUUU